GUUAUCAAGAUGUGAAUAUUUCAAAGCUCUCAUCUAGUCAUGUAAAGGUCGAGCAGUUGUGAAUGUUGAACUUUACAUGAAACGGAAAUAUGCACCGCAAGGUAGUAUACUGAAUUUAUGAAGCGGAAACCAGCUAUUUGUAGAAAAUACGGCUGAAACCUCCGAUAGUGGGGGAUGUUUAUAAGGUGUGCUAAAUGGCAAGCGAGCUAAAUGAAUGUUUAUCCAUCGCGUGUCAUUUUGUAUACGUCUGGCAGAACUAAGCGUGCACAGUCAGUAGUCCCUUAUACAACCUAGCACGUGCUCGACCUAUAGGUCCCCUAAAUCUUGAAUAAACAAACCGUGCUCUAACUCUGGGGAUUCACAUCUCUAGUUAUAGCAGGUGCCGCAGUCAUGGAACUUUCAAUUACUGUGUAGGUAAUUGGCAUAACGAUUUGGAAAAAUGAUGGAAGAGUGCUUCGGUGAAGGACCAUUUGUAUUUCGUCUCAACGAUUCCGGUUCGGGACCUCAACUUCUUACUCAGGUCUGUCUAGAACGUGGAUGGAAAGAGUUUAAUCCAGUAAAUGGCGAUCAUUGGAAUUUAUGGUGGAAGACGUCUGGGUUUCCGACAAGUCAUCAUCGAGCACUUUAUGGUUGGCAGUAUAUCAACCACAUUCCGAAGGGUUCUGCCAUAUGCCGGAAGGAUAAUCUCGCACGGUAUUUGAGAUGCAUGCGAAAGGUGUACGGCUCAAUUUACGACUUUAGCCCCAUGGGUUACAAUCUUCCACUGGAGUACACCAAGUUAGCUGCAGAAUGUAGCCGGAGUCGCCCCGAGUCAGAAAAAUAUGGGGGUGAUCGACAUUUUGCAGAAAAGCCAGUCUGGAUUUGUAAACCUGUCGGUCAGAGUCAAGGAAGGGGAAUUUUUUUAUUUAGGAAAUUAAGCGAGCUUACGUACGAUUCCAAUACAAUAGUCCAAAGAUACAUUGAGAGACCCCUUUUAAUCGGAGGCUAUAAAUUCGAUUUAAGACUGUACGUCUGCAUCCCCUCCUACUACCCGCUGACAGUUUACAUGUAUAGAGAGGGCCUAACACGAUUUGGUACUGAUAAAUUUAGUUUAAACGACUUAAGGAAUCCAUUUCGCCACUUGACAAACUGUUCGAUUAAUAAGCUCAGUCCUGGUUAUGGAGAAAUGAAAGAACGUGUGGGAUCAGGAUGUAAGUGGACCCUAAGGCGUCUUAGGAAGUACUUCCAACAAGCUGGACUAAACGAUUGGCUUCUUUGGCAAAGGAUAUCAGUUUUGGUUAUACUAACCCUCAUCAGUCAUGCCUCACAAAUUCCACAAACUGUAAACUGUUUCGAGUUCUUUGGGUUUGACGUACUCAUUGACAACACUCUUAGGCCUUGGUUGCUGGAGGUGAACAUGGGACCUGCCUUAGGAAAUGACUGCGACGUAGACAUUAUGGUCAAGAAACCGAUGUUGCACGACAUGUUUGACUUAUUAGGCUUUCCCUUGCAUAACACGGGCCUUUCGGUGUUUGAUAUCUGGCGCAACAGUCGCAGUGAUGAGGAGGACGAAGAGAGCUUGUCGGAUUCUGGGUGUCAAUUAAAAGAAAUAACCAAAAUGACAGUUUUGAAUGCUGCAAAUAAAUGGAGGAGGAAGCCGCGAAAACUUUCUGCCACAUCACGUGUUCAUUCGGCUAACCGAAGAAAACCUAGAAUAUUGUCCCCCGCUCAAAAGCCACUGUUUCCAAAAAUUCAACCGGUAACGCUUAUAAAUCAAAGACUUAACACCGAAGACCCCGUUCAACAUAGAUAUUACGGAGACGAAACGAGACGUAAACGACGUUGGGGCAAUGGAAGGGAUUGGAACAUGGCACCUAGUUCCGAAGGUGGUUGGAUACGACUAUGGCCGAUGAAAUCCAAUGAAUCAGAAGACGACGUCAAUAACAAUACCUUCUAUUGUAAUGGUAACCUUAACACAAAGAAUAUGGUCGCCGAGGUAAUCAAAUUUAGUAAGUUAUCAAAAGAGAUUUUUAAGAAACAUCCCAACGUAACCGAGUGUCAACGUAACGAUUUCCUUUCGGAAGGAAUGGGACUCAAUGGGGAGAUAUGGUUACCUCCACUCUAAUCGGACCAAGCAUUUUUCCAAAUAUUUGUGAUUAAUUCUGUGAUGCUUAAAGUUCAUUUUUACAAAUCGCAACUUGCGUAUACAUUCGAAUAAUGGAAAGCCAUGUCAUUUGUUACAUAAGCUUAAUUGUAUUAGAAUAAUGUAACAAUGUUCUGCUUAUUAAACUUCCUCACUCUGA